AUGGCCGUGGGGAGAAGGGGGCGAACUUCUCAGCACUUCAAAUCUUGCCCCACGAACCUCAUUCCGACAACCCUUUCCCCCUUACUCCUGCACUCCCUUCCCCCCUACUCCCACUCUUCUCUCCCUUGCUCCCAGAUCGUCGGCCGAUACAGCAGGGCAGGGGGAGAGGAGGCAGAGGGCGCAUGGACGAGGGGGGAGGGGGGAGAGGAGGGCGGGGAAGAGGGUGGGAUGACGGGGGGCGAGGAGGAGGGAGAGGAGGAAGAGGAGGUGGAAGAGGCGGAGGACCAGGAGGAAGAGGCAGGGGCUGAGCGGCCAUUGGUUGGGAGUGUGGGAUGUGUGUGUGUGUGCAACAGCUCAGUGCGCACUCCUUUGUAUCGUGCUGCACUGUGCUCUUUGGGAACUGGCUAUGUUCAAUGA